AUGGCCACCGCAUUAAUUACCAGCCGUCCAACCGAAACGGCUACGAUGAGCGAACCUAACGAUAUUUCGUCCCGUCCAAUUCGUAUUCCGGCGCUUCAGGAUAACAAGAUGACCCAACAAGCUAUAUCUAGUCCCCAGCCUUCGCCGCGCAAUAGCUUGCCUCCGCCCAACCCGCACUUUGUGUUCCCGGCUCGCCCAGCGUCUUGUUCGGCGCCACCAUCGUUCUCUAGGGCGACAGGUCGACGACCUCAGUCUGCUAUAGAUAUUCCCGGGCGAAUUUCUGACUUCUCGCAAGAAAUAACUAGUCUCCCGUCUCAAUCGCCUGCUCUGCCGAACUUCAGUUUCAACCCAAGCGCCAACUCUGGCCCAGAUAACGCAGGCCGUCCUACCAGAUCCCCAGCAUUGCCGAACUUUUCGUUCAAUCCAGGCGCAACACUUGGACCCGACGAAUCAUUACUCAGUCCUCCGCUCUCCCCGCCAUCACCUAUGUCUCCGAGUCGCACCGGGCAUCGACGAGGCGGAAGUGAGUUUGUAGGUGGCAAGCUUAGAUCCGGAGGAUCAAUUACUGUGAUGAGCACGAGCCCAACAAGAUCAGAAAGUGGCUUUGCAUCGCCCAAACUGUCGCCUGCAGACGCGCACCCAAGAAGGGGCCACGCUCAUCGCCGUUCUGGUGCGAUCUCUAGUCACGAUCUAACCAUGAUACUCAAGCCGAAUAAUUCGCCUACGAUGAGGGGCAAUAGUGCGCCUGCUAGUCCGGCCGAUUUUGAUGACAAGUAUCGCAAUUUCCCGGAACCAAGCAUCGAGCCUCCUAAAACCGAACCAGUUCCACAGCAGACAAACGAAAGGGUAGCCCAAGAGGUGCACAGCCAACCCGCGUUGCAGUCACAGUCGGAUCCGUCACCGAUAGCACCCGCUCGUACACGUGUUGGGUUCUCUGAUACUGUUGAGGUUAUUCCUCGACCACUGUCAAUGGUUUCAACCGACACGUCUAGUACGAUGACAGUCCGACCUGGCCACAGGGUUUCAGGAAGUAUUUCGUCUAUUGUCUCAGGGACGAACCUACCACCUGCAGAUCGAGAUUCGUCCAAUUUGGUUGGAUCGAAUGUUUCUCGCACAAAGAGUGACUCGCGUCCUAGUACUGCAGGUGCUGUGCUAGAACGAUCCCCAAGUCUUCUGGUGCUUACCGGAGAUUCCCCGUCGCCUAGAAGACGAAAUUCGAUUCCGUUAUUGAUGGAUCUUCCUAAGAGGGAUUCCGGUUCGCCCACAAAUCCAAGUCCCACCAAAACGCCUAAAAGGUGGUCUUUCUUCCGUCUCGAACCCUUCACGGGUGCUAGCUCGCCUACAAAGGCGAGAUCAGCUAGUUCAAGUUCAUCUGGCACAGUGGAAAAAAAGAUUGAGACGGCAGAUCCAAUCGGUGAAUUUGAACCGAGCCCAAGUGUCGAUGGCAUCGCAUCUCGCUCAGAUAGUAAGAAGAGUGGAGGGAGAAAGAAGAAGCAGAAAAAGGUUAAGUCGUGGGCUGGCUCCAUUCUGACUAGGAAGUCCAAGUCGCGUCAAAAGUCGAAGUCGUUACGCCGUCGUUCGCAAACGCCGCCAACCCGAGACUUCGAAUAUCUGGAUGAUGGUGAUUUGGGAGUGCUUGAGGCGCCAACGGCACCUUCGGUUCCCGUGGCGCCUGUGGUUAUGGUGACCGAGCCCGCUCAAUCAGAAGCCGAACCAGUCGCCGUUAAACCUAGUCGAAUGGCUGACGAUGAUGUAGCUUAUCCUAUGAUUGAUCUCGAUGCUGCCCUUGGUCCGUUCAACACCCCUUCUAGCCGUGAUCCUCAAUGGGAAGAGGCCCAGAAACUUGGUGCCCCACCAAAGCGUCAACUUCAUAGUGCUGCUGGCUUGCGAGGAUUCAGUGGCCCUGGAAUGCAUUACCAUCGUCGCGCUGAGAGUGCUCCUGAAAUGCCUCCUUUUGAAGCUGCUCGAAGCGGUAUACAUCGAUUCGCUAGCUCCUCAACUAUGGCCGACGUAUUUGAGGAGGACGAGGAAGAAGAUGAGGACAUGAGCGCAAAAACUCCAUCGGAGGCAUCUGCCACUGAAACUCAGGAUGGCUCUGAUGAUUCUGAGUCGACAUCCAAUAGCGAGGAUGAUGCCAGCUCAACACCUACGCAAGAACAUGAGCCUAGUAAAGCCAGUCCAAAGGAUACCCAACAAACUCUCACCUCGACCAAACGCAAGGGUAGCGCGUCAAGUUUAGACAUACAGAGACCAGGAUCUAGAAUGAGGACCGAAAAUCCUGGUAGUGGUCUUUGCGAAGAAGUUAUUGCAGAGGAACCCAGCUAUGUCACAUUUAGGCGCGAUAGCAGCAUUCUAGGUACUCCGGAAACCCCUAGCUCAGGGGCACCUUCACCUCGCACCAUUCUCAGUUACGAAGUUGACCCGCUUGAUACAUCGUACCCAAUUCCUCCAGCGAUUCCGGCUACACCAUACUCGACGACUUAUUCAUCCUCAUUUCCUUCGCCUCGGUCGCCGAUGUCCUAUGAUGCACGCAGAAUCUCAACUGCGCAAUCAUCCAUCAAUGAUGAAAACAACUACCAUUCGCUUUUGUUGGGCGAGCCCGGUCCUGAAUUGGUACGAAUAUCAGUUGAUGUCCCAUCUUUGACGAGCAGCAACUCGACUACGACGCGAGAAAGCAGCUUCAACCCUGGUGUUCAGCCUAGAAACAUGCCGUUUCAUGAUCAACGGCCCGCUUCAUUUUCCGCUUCAGCGUUUGGUCGUCGAAGAUCGAGUCUGGUUAGUCUUAGCCGGCUGAUUAGCAGCGCUCAUGGAGAGCGAAGUAAGCUGAGCAUGGAAGUUCCUCUCGACACCGAGCCGGAAAAGAAGCCCAAGACUAGCAAAACCAGGCGCUUUAGUCGGUUGAUGCAAUUCUGGAAGCCGAAAGGAUCAGCCGAAUCUUGA